CGAAUGGACCGUUCCUGCCAAGUGCCUGUUGGUAGGAUCCUGCUUGGCGUCAGGUCUGAGGGGGUUUGUCGGUGGCUGUGGCUGCAGCCGAAGCAGGCGUCGGGGAGAGUCGGUAGGCGAUAAAGCGCCAUGGACGAUCAGGGCUGUCCCCGAUGUAAGACUACCAAAUACCGGAACCCGUCCUUGAAGCUGAUGGUGAAUGUGUGCGGACACACUCUGUGUGAAAGUUGUGUGGACUUACUUUUUGUGAGAGGAGCUGGCAAUUGUCCUGAGUGUGGCACUCCACUUAGAAAGAGCAACUUCAGGGUACAACUCUUUGAAGAUCCUGCUGUUGACAAAGAGGUGGAGAUUCGAAAAAAAGUGCUAAAGAUAUACAAUAAAAGGGAAGAAGAUUUUCCUAGUCUAAGAGAAUAUAAUGAUUUCCUGGAAGAAGUGGAAGAAAUUGUUUUCAACUUGACCAACAAUGUGGAUUUGGACAACACUAAAAAGAAAAUGGAGAUAUACCAAAAGGAAAACAAAGAUGUCAUUCAGAAAAAUAAGUUAAAGAUGACUCGGGAACAGGAAGAAUUAGAAGAAGCAUUAGAAGUAGAACGUCAGGAAAAUGAACAAAGAAGAUUAUUUAUACAAAAAGAAGAACAACUGCAGCAAAUUCUAAAAAGGAAGAAUAAACAGGCUUUUUUAGAUGAACUGGAGAGUUCAGAUCUUCCUGUUGCUCUCCUCUUGGCUCAGCAUAAAGACAGAUCUACUCAACUGGAAAUGCAACUCGAGAAACCCAAGCCUAUAAAGCCAGUUACGUUUUCCACAGGCAUCAAGAUGGGUCAACAUAUUUCAUUAGCACCUAUUCACAAGCUUGAAGAAGCUCUGUAUGAAUACCAACCACUGCAAAUAGAGACUUAUGGACCACAGGUUCCUGAGCUCGAGGUAUUAGGAAGACUUGGGUAUUUAAACCACGUCAGAGCUGCCUCUCCACAGGAUCUUGCUGGAGGCUACACUUCUUCUCUGGCUUGUCACAGAGCACUACAGGAUGCAUUCAGUGGGCUUUUCUGGCAGCCCAGUUAACCAUUUUGUUUGUUUGUUUGUUUUUCCUCCCUUUAUAAGAUUUGGACCUUGGAGCCAAACUAGGGAGCUGGCAAAAGUAAAGCAGACCUGUAAAUUACAGCUUCAUGCAUCUGCAUAGCACAGUAAUACCACUAGCAGUUGUGUUAAAGUAUUUAUAAAGAGGAAAUUUCUGAACUAAGCCAAGUAAUAUGGGGGAUACAUAUUUGUGGAGACUUAUUUUUUACUUAUAUUUUCAUGGGAGGGAUUGAAGCAGUAAGCCUCAUCUGAUGGAAGAGAGGAAUAAUUUGCUAUGUAUGUUCGAAUUGACAGACUUGUAAAAUCUUUUUAAAAAUAAAGCUAGACUUUAUAUUGA